AUCUGUAUCUUUAAUGCUUGUAUUAAUUGCCAUUUUUACUAUAACAUCGUCUAUAGAAGUUAGAGGAGCUAAUUUUUAGGUUUCCUUUUUUUUUUCCUUGAUGAACGAUCAUGAUGUGAUGUUUGAUUUGGGAAGAAGUAACCUUAAUAAGGAAGUUAAUACUAUUACUUUUAUAACUUGUAAUACAAGUUGGGAAGCUGUUGUUUGGUAGAGAAUUAAGCCAAAUAUCAUUGAGAUAAGUUUAAGCAAAGACCAUGGCUUCCUAUGGAAAAGGAAACUUUGAUGGGUUUACUCCUUAUCAAGGAGAUUCACGCUCAGAAGGUGACAGAGGUUCAGAUUUUGGAAAGCUUUCAAAGGAAAUCAGUGCAAAUAUUCAGAAAAUUACACAAAAUGUGUCUCAGAUACAGAAAUUUGUUAGCCAGAUUGGAACACCACAGGACUCUGAUGAACUACGUCAAAGAGUGCAUGAGACCACCCACUACACUAACCAACUGGCUAAAGAUACCAGCAACAGCCUGAAAGCUUUGGUUAACUUGCCACAGACUGGAUCUCAAUCUGAAAUUAGACAGUGUAAAAUGCAAAAGGACAGGUUGACAGAUGAGUUCAGCAAUGCUUUGAAGAACUUCCAGACCAUCCAGAGAACAGCUGCUGAGAAGGAAAGGGCCAGUGUGCAGAGGGCCAGAGCCCAUUCUGGCUUAGACAGAUCUCCUUUUGAUGAGCCCAAUGACAAUAAGUUUACCUCACCAGGGUUUUCACAAACUCGUCAGUUUCUUCAGAUGGAACAGGAUGUUGAUCUUGAGCUGAUUAAAGAAAGAGAGGAUGCAAUUAAAAAACUUGAAAGUGAUAUAAUGGAUGUGAAUCAAAUCUUUAAAGAUUUGGGAAUGCUUGUACAUGAACAAGGAGAAGUUUUAGACAGUAUUGAGGCUAACAUUGACAAUGCCCAGUUGUCUGUGGAGGAAGGCACCAAGCAGCUAAGUAAAGCUAGAGACUAUCAGUCUAGAGCACGGCGAAAAAAGUUCUGUAUAGCCAUCAUCAUUAUAGUUGUUCUGGCUAUUAUUGGAUUGAUAAUUGGUCUAUCUGUAAAAUAAAAAAGCAGUCACUUUCAAACUUUAGCCAAAUCUCGACGGAAAUGUUGCAUCCUGAUCAUCAUAGCUUGUUGUAUUGUCCUCAUUCUGGCACUGAUCAUCUAUCUGGCAAGCUAGUGAUUGGGUUUGGAUAUGCCUGGGCUUUAUUGUUUGUCCCAACACAACCGUUUUUGUGUUGUUGUUUUUUUUUUUUUUGUUGAUCAUUAGAGUAGUGUGGCACCCUUGUUAUUAAUGGAGAACAAGUCCUGUUGAAUGCUGAACACUGGCAAGUGUUAAUUAUAGAUGUUAAUUUAGCUUAUUAGCCAGAUAAACAUUUUGUAAUAAUUUUGUAGUUUAAGAUUGUAAUUUUGCAAGCUUAUUUAUAUUAAAAAUGUUGCUCCAUUUAUUAUCUUCUGUAUAAUUUUUAAUUCUUUCAAUCCAAUUACUUUAGCAAUUUCACUGGGUUUUUUUUUCUUUUGGAGUAAAACUCAGCACGUUUUUAUUUUUAUUGCUAUCGACUUUUUAAAUUUUUUUAUUCUGCUAUUGAAGUCUUGCCACAUACAAUUUUUUGUUAUUUCUUUUUUAUUAGAGUUAAAAAAUUUAAAUCUUAAAUCCCAUCCUAGAUUUUUGCAAGGUGUUCUUUAAUUGUUUUUGUUAAAAGUUUCAAUGUUUUUGUUGGCAUUUAUUUCUUCAUCUUAACAGAAAAAAUACAUAUUUACAAAUAGAUUUUGAGGAAAUUUAUCUAGUCUUUCGGAAAUGUAUUACUUACCAAUAAAUCUGAUCAAGUUUAAUAUAUUUAAUAGAAAACAGUGUAAUGGGAUUUAAUCGUUUUUAAUAGCUAUUUUAAUGCCUCUUGUUAAGAUAAUAGAGAUUAGUGAUAAUCAGUAAAAAUUAUUACACUUCAUGAAAAUCGCAUCUUAUUUUUAACCAAAAACCAAAAAGAACAAAUUAAAGUACGAAUUUAAGUAUUUACUUUUUUUAAUCUCACUCUUUCCUCAAUGAUCUUUCUCUCACACUUGUAUGAAACUAAAAUCAAUUUUAAAAAUUCACAUUCCAUCAUGGGUUUUCCAAAAAUAAAUUUCUUAUUUCAUUCAAACAUUUUUUUAAAUUAGCUCUGCUAGCAAAAACUUAAUUUCAAAUAAAACAUUGUAACCUAACUCACAUCUUACAUUUAAAUAAUUUAAUAGCUUCCUAUGCAUGUAUAAAGCACAUUGAGAUCAAUCUUACAUAUUUUUUUUUUAAUUCAUCACAUAAUCUAAACAUAAUCAAAGAAUUUUUGUUUUACGUAAAUAGUUAACUCUUGUAAAGGUACCUUGAUGAUAAUUGUACUGGAUGAAACUUUAUUACAUGUUAUUAUUGCCAGAGUUUCUUUCUGUGGUUGCUGUAUUAUUUUGUAUCUUAUUUGAAUGACUUGAUUUAAAAAAAUCAGUUUAAAAUAGCUGUUCAUUCCAACUACAAAUUUGGUGUUACCCUGUUUGUAAAAGUAAAAAAAAAAAAAAUCUACAAUCCAUAUGUAAAUUGUAUUUUACCCCCCAGUGUAAAUUAGUGUAAAUGUACAACAUAUUUAUUGGUUUUAACUUUAUUUCAUUGUAAGUGUAUAAAUGAAAAAAAAACGUAUAGUUAUAAAAGUAUAAUUAAUAAACUUAUCAGGCAAGUUUUUUUUUUUUUCAAUUUUUGUACAUUUUUUAAAUCUUUUUUUUGCUCAAUAUAGUUUUAGGGUUGUGACAAGGAUCCAUGGAGUACUGAAUAUAAUUGUAUUUUAAAGAAAUUUUAAUUCAACGUAUUAAAGUACAAUAAUUAUAAACAAAAGAAUUAUAAUUUAAAUUUAACCAUCAGUAAAGAACUGUAGAAUAAAAUGUUUUUUUUUAGUACAUAAGCAUAAUACAUUUGCUUUUUUUAAUUUUUAAAAAACUUUAUUUUCAAUACACGAGAAAUUUUUUCAUACUAACAAUAUUAAAUUGCCACUGCAUUUUUAUUCGUUAACUAAUUAUUUUAAUGAUUUGUAUAUAACUUAACAUACCAUGAACUUUUUUCUAAGCAACAUUAUGAGGAGUUUGAGUACCUGUGCUUGGUAAACUGUGAUACAUUUUUGAUUGGGUUUCCCUGGAAAAGACCCGUGUCUUAGUAAAAGCAUGAAUAAAUCAUUGGGUAUAUAUAGAGAUGUAACUUUGUUUUUGUAUUAAGGAAAAUUUUCUUCUAAAAUUUGAUAAGUGAAAUUAAAAAUAUAUACCUAAAUUGGAUUUUUACACUAAAAUUUUCUUGAUAUUUCUAAAUUCCACCUAGAAAAACUUGAAAAUCCCUUUUCUGGCUAUGCAUCCUGUUUCAAACAUCGAAACAUUUUUUUUUCAGGUGGUCAGUUACAUAUUGAGGUAUAUUUGGGUUUUAGCAG